AUGUGGGGCGAGGGGAGCCCGGCUGACCUGCUCGCAGGCAGCGGUGGCUGGAACGACGUCAGUUUCCACGGGUCCCGGCAGAUACCGACGCCGAACAUAGACGCCCUGGCUGCGAACGGAGUCGUACUGCAGCGCCACUACUCGACGCCGGUGUGCACGCCUUCCCGCUCGGCUUUCUUCACGUCCCGUUAUCCGCCACGUACCGAUUUGGGCUACGGACCGCUUCCCCCAGCCGGGAAGGGUGCUCUGCCACUACGCUUCGAGGUGCUUCCGCAGUGGCUGAAGCGACUGGGAUACAGCACGCACAUGGUGGGAAAGUGGCACCUGGGAUACAAGAGCCUCGAGCACACGCCCACAUGGCGCGGCUUCGACACCUUCUUCGGUUACUACAACGGCCAAGAAUUUUAUUUUAAUCACACCACCGCCUCGGAAGAUGGGCAGCACUGUGGCCUGGAUCUCUGGCGCAACGUAGGCAACACAACGCAAGCUGUCACCGACCUCAACGGCGUGUACUCGACGUACGCGUUCACAGACGAGGCAAAGCGCAUCAUCGCCAAGCACAAUCCUGCAAAGUCAACUGGUAGCAGCAGGUACCGCGACAGCUCAUCGUGUUCCUCGUCUGGAAGUGUUUGGUGCCCGAACGAGAAGAAAUCUUUGGGCGCGGACAAGCUGGAUGAUGUGAAUACCAGGAUUGGAGCACUCGCCGUCAUGGACCGCUCCAUCGGUGAGCUGCUGGCGGCUUUACAGGCUCACGGUAUGCUCGCCGACAGUGUCGUAGCGUUCGUCAGCGACAACGGGGCCGCACCACUCAAGGCUACGUACCCCGCAAACGCCGGCUCCAACUGGCCCUUGCGCGGAGUCAAAAAGGGAGUCUGGGAAGGGGCCGUGCGGACGCCCGCAGUGUUCUGGCACGCUCACCUGAGAGGACCUUUGCCACGGCCGCCAUCGCAGCAGAUGAUGCACCUCGUCGACUGGGCGCCUACUUUCUAUGCGGCCGCAGGAGGAGACGUUUCACAUCUCGGCGACGUGGACGGAAAGGACCAGUGGGAGGCACUCUCCACGGGCAACGGCAAUCAACGCGAAGAUGUGAUUCUGGUGAUUGAAGGCUGGAAUGACGAAUCGGCUAUCAUCUCCGGCAGGUACAAGCUAGUAAACCGCUCGCAGUCAUACAGUGACCCGCUUCUGGAUAGUCGAGUGGCUCCGCCGGAAGGAGAGCCUCCCGUCGACCUCGACCUGGACUCCCUCAUGGAGUCGUCUCAGGCCUGGAAAGCUCUCCAGCAAGCCACCUUCGACGCCGGCACCAGCGACCGGUCUGCACCCAGAGCCAACUGGCGCCAAGAGCUGAUCAUUAAAUGCAGCAAUGACAAUACGUCGGAAGACUUCUCGGAAAACUUUGAUGCCUACGACACCGUCUUUGUGUUCGAUGUAUUCAGCGAUCCGUGUGAGCUGAACAAUCUGGCAUCAACCGAGCCUGAGGUAUGA